UGGAGAGGACUAACAAAAGUCAGACCUGCAAACACGGAUGCAACAUAAAGUAUCACUACUUUCACAAUGCCCCGUAUUGUAUUCUCCCAGAACGAGAUGACUGGAACGCAACGUCAAUGAAGGGGUGAUAAUCUUCACCUGAAAUACUAAUAUACUGUAUUAGUAUGCUAAUAUACGAACUAUGCUAGGACGCUAUAUUUGUUAAUCUAUGUCGAGCUAUCGUGCCAGUCGUACUUGUGGCCAAGAUGGCGACGUCCAUAGGCUAGUAACAGCAGAGCAGCUGAAUUGGAUGCUGCCGAACGAAACGAGAGCACCAUUUACUCUAAACAGCCGUCCUCGCACAGAGACAACAAAAUCUACCAUACAAUCUAGCUUAUUUCCUCCUGGUGUACUCGUAGCUAGUUGUAAUCGAAUUCAUACAAGUUAUCGGGUGACAGGAGAUGUUUCGGCAGCAGCCAGUGAUGUGAUAGUGAACUCAAUGCAAGUUUGUUUACUUCAGACGACUACAACAGCCGCGCGGUACACCGGGGCGAGAUAUCUGUUCUACUUUCAUUUUCUACACUACUGCAUACAAUAUAUUAAGUUACAACGGCUUAUUAUAUAUUACACAAACAGAUAGGAAAGUAAACAACAGAGACAAUGUCUUCGACACGCAUAUUACUCGUUCCGCUGUUCUUUGCAGCAGCCAGUGGAUGGCUUUAUAUGCUCUCCAAGUCAGCGCCGAAACUUCAGAGGACUGCAAAUGAAACGAACGCACUUAAGUUUCCAUCGUCAUUUGAGGAACUGCAUGCGCUGUCGGGCCUCCUCCAGGAGUAUUACUCGUCUCAUCCAAAUUUUGUUUACGUCUUCUUUUGUUCAGCCUACCUUUAUAAGCAGACAUUCGCAAUUCCUGGAUCCGUAUUUAUGAAUCUUCUUGGGGGCGCCCUGUUUGGUGUUAUACCGGGUUUUUUGUUGGCAUGUUUUUUAUCGGCUACGGGAGCAACCUUCUGCUACCUUCUUUCGUAUUUAUGCGGCCGGCAUCUAGUCAAAAAAUUCUUCGCUUCAAAGAUUUCAUACCUCGAAAGAAAAAUCAACGAGAAUGAAGACGAACUCAUCUAUUUCCUGCUGUUCCUACGACUGUUUCCGAUUACACCGAACUGGUUCCUGAAUAUGGCGUCACCUAUAAUCGGAAUACCCAUUCAUCUGUUUUUUGUUUCUGUCUUCAUAGGUUUGAUGCCCUACAAUUUAAUGUGUGUGCAAGCGGGCUCGCUUCUAAGCGAAAUCCAAUCGACAUCAGAUAUUCUGACUCCAGCCGUCGCUGCCAAAAUGGCGCUUCUGGCGAUUGCGGCCCUUCUUCCAGCGCUCUUAAAAAAAGUGCGCAACAACCACAAAGGAACGAAAACUAUGGAAGCCUCGGCACUUGGAGACCAUUGCGAGAUUAAAGAUCACAUGGAGUGAGGGACACCAUACAUCGCACCAGAUGAGCAGCACCGAGAUUACUAUAUAUAUAUAUAUAUAGCGCCAGGCAAUGCUUGCAAACAAGCACAAUGAAAAACUAUGCACAAAUAAUAGAGACACAUAUAAUAUAUAUAUUAAAUAAGGAACAUACAUAUAUUGGAUACACCCGUUACAAAAGAAACGUAGAUAAUAUAAUUGUAAUAGACCCUGCUAGGAAGAAACUUACCAAUCCUGCACGGUGCAUUGCAAAGGCAUAUGUUUUUUGAUACUGAGAACUAAAUCCGAGAUAGUAAUUGCUAUUUUUACAUGUUUAUACAGAAGCGAACGUAGCUGUAUUUGAAGUUAUAAAAUUAUUUAAAGUUAGUAUUAUAAAGCACAGUACUUUAUUUCACUUCAGAGGAGUUUGUUGUGAAUACAUGCUGAGCAGUUGAUGGAAACUUUAUAAGAUCGUUUCGGGAAAUCUAGCUUUGGCUUGGAUGGAAUUGUGUUUGAAGUCAAGGGUCAUUCCAUAUAGUCCUUAUCACAGAAGUGCAUAUUCGGUCGGAAUUUAGGUCAGUUUGUUGCCCGAAACUGGUCUGCUGAAAUAUUCGCCGAUUGAAAAAAUAACGAUAAAAAGAAAGCUAGAAGCUUUUUUUACUUUAGUGUACACCCAUUUGUGAAAACAUACCUAAAUAUGCAAUACAGUAGAAUUUGUGUAGGUUUUGCCGUUUUUUGUAUUUUACAAAGAGUCCUAGUAAACCAAGGGUUUCACACUGUAUUUGCGCGCUUCAUGUAGAUAAAAUUUAACGCUUAAAUAGAUAAUGCUAUUAACAACAGUAGUUAUUAACAAUCGUUUUUUUUCGAUUGUUCUUCGGUAUUUUUGCAGAUUAUUAUUGAAACAAUAACAAGGUAUGAAAAAAAUUAAAUGCAUUAAUUGCUUGGUUUCCAUUAACCUCUGUACGAUAAGGGUUUAUUUAUUGAGAACAAGUAUUUGUGGUAAAUUAUAUAUAUAUCGUUUAUGAUUUCUAUAGUGAAAAUACAUUUUGUACAGACCGCCACCAGUUUGGCGUAGUUU